UAGAGCGCGCCGCUGCCGCCGCCAUAACCAUCGCCAUGAACAGCGUCGGGGAGGCUUGCACGGACAUGAAGCGCGAGUACGACCAGUGUUUCAACCGCUGGUUUGCCGAGAAGUUCCUCAAGGGGGACGGUUCCGGGGACCCGUGCACCGAUCUCUUCAAGCGUUACCAGCAGUGUGUUCAGAAAGCAAUAAAGGAGAAAGAGAUUCCUAUUGAAGGAUUGGAGUUCAUGGGCCAUGGCAAAGAAAAGCCUGAAAAUUCUUCUUGACCUUGCUUGUCACCUUGGAAAUGGAUUCCUCAUAUCAGGAAAUUAAGAAGACUUUGGAUUUUGUCAGCUUAAGGCUAUGAAGUCAGCAGUGCAAUUUAAUGAGUUUGGGAGGAAGUUGUUUCUUCCUCUCAUUUGUAAAAGAUACUGCUUUGAGAUGACUUCUCACAUGCUUUGGCAUGCAGGAACUCAGUGUGCUAAAUUGAACAGUCUUUUGGGAUUAUGAUUGCAAUAUAUGGUCUGGAAUCAACUUCAAAUAUACCUUCUACAUGAAUCAUGAUAAGCUAAUCAAGAUGAUCAGGGCUCCUUGAACUUUUGAUUUCUGCUGCAAAAGGACAGUACAUAUACAGUAUGGGGGUCAUUGUUCAUGAAAGCAGUCAGGACCUUUUUGUUUCCUCAGGGAGCUAAUGCUCUAUAAAGGGAUCCAAGCAAAAGUUUCAAUCAAUUGUUGGGAGCAUGGAUUUACUUACAUGUAACAUUUAAUGUUGCUAAUGGCUUGGGUUAAAGAGGAAGACACAGCAAGAGGUGUCUGAUUUAAGAUGUGAAUGCUUCAAGACCAUUGAAAUGAAUACUGUCUCAGUUCACAGCAAAUAACUGAAUUAUAUUUGGAAUGGCUACAGAAGAACCUAAAUUAAAAAGAGUUCGCUUUUAAUGGCUUCCAUCUGAAUUAGUCAAUCUGCAUCAUAAACAGGCAAAAUGCAUCUGGUUAAACGUAGGAGAUGGGUGCUUUGAUUCAUUUUCAUUUGCCUAGCCUAUUUUAUGUCUAUAAUCAUCAAGAUGGAAUAAAUUCUAACAUUCAGUUCUUAUCGUUUACACUUCAUGGUACAUCUAGUACCUUGUUACCCAGUGUCUCACACAUACACUGCAGAGAACUUUAUCUUCUCUAACUUAAAAGGUGAAGAUUUAUCUAAGUGUAGUACAGAGUAAAAGAAACCUGGUGGUGACACACACAUGCGAUCCCUUGUACUCAGGAGACAGGCAAGAGGAUAGAGAUUUUAAAGCCAAUCUUGGCAAAGUUAACUAGACCCUGUCUCAAAAAACAAGGGUUUGGGGGCACAUCCCAAGUAGUAGAGCAUUUGCCUAGCAAGCUCAAGGGUUCAAUGCUCAGUACUGAAGCAGAAAAAACAAAAACAACCCUCUAAAUGUUAUUUCCAUAGUAACUGUAUGAAAUCUCUAUAUGUUCUGGUACCAAAAGAAUGUCAGGAUCAGAUGAGCGUUUACAUACUUUAUGUCAUGUAAUCCCCACAAACUGCCUAUCUUAAGGAUUUACUAAGAAAUAUUUGUAUUCGCUUAAACCUUACAAGACUGUCUCAUUAAGCUCUGAAAAUAAACUAUAAGCCAACCAUCUUCUGAAA